GUCGCGCGUGGCGACGCGCGAAGUUACCGAGAAGACGCGGAGGAGCGUAGGCCCACGCACAUAGCUUUUGUUCUCUGUGGAAGGAGCUCGAGGGACAAAGUUAGGGGGACAUAAGUCACUGACAAAUGGAGCCCACCCUCAUGGGCCCAGAUGUCAGUGACACAUGAGACUCCUCCUCCGUGCUCCGUAAGCUUCGUGUUUUUUUAAGCCGGAGGGCGUCGAGUUGACUCGCCAUUUCGCCAUUUCGUCGAGAGGUUGCUGUGCCAGUCACCAACCCAUUCCGGCGGCGGCGGCGGAGGAGACCGAGAUGGGGAUGGAGAACCCGCCGCUCCGGUGGCCGCCGGGGUUCCGCUUCAGCCCGACCGACGAGGAGCUCGUCCUCUACUUCCUCAAGCGCCGGAUCGCCACCGGCCGCCCCACCCCCUACAUCGCCGACGUCGACGUCUACAAGUCCCACCCCUCCCACCUCCCUGAGAGGUCGGCGCUGCGGACGGGGGACAAGCAGUGGUUCUUCUUCAGCCGGAUGGACCGCAAGUACCCCAACGGCUCGCGGGCGAGCCGCACCACCGGCGAGGGCUACUGGAAGGCCACCGGGAAGGACCGCUCCAUCUGCAACGGCGGCGGCGGCGGCACCGCCUCGGGGCGCGCGGUGGGGAGCAAGAAGACCCUCGUGUACCACCACGGCCGCGCCCCGCGCGGGGAGCGCUCGGACUGGGUCAUGCACGAGUACACCCUCCUCGCCGACGCGCUCCCGCCCGCCGCGCGCGACCGCGAGGCGUACGCUCUGUACAAGCUGUUCCACAAGAGCGGCGCCGGGCCCAAGAACGGCGAGCAGUACGGCGCCCCCUUCCGGGAGGAGGAUUGGCUCGACGACGACGACCACCACCACGACCAGCUUCCUGCUGAGGCGGCUCUUCCGGCUCCAGCCACAACUAGUGGUAGAGCUGCAACAACUGAGGAGCAUGCUGACUUUGAGCUUCCGGGUGGGGAUCUUGAUGUGCUCCUUGCGCAAAUUGAAAAUGAUCAGGAUAUAAUCGAAGCGCAAUUGGAUUUCUCAACUCAUGUUACUUCCCAAGUUCAGAUUCAGCAUCGUGUUCAUCAAGGUUGGCUCAGUGAUGAUGGCGGAAAAUCAGAUGUUGCGGAUGCUACGACUAGUGGCAGUGCUUUGUUGAUGGCAGAGAAUACGUGCGCUGAACUUCCAAUUGAUGGUCUCGAGCAACUUCUGAUGCAAAUAUCGGAUGAUCAACAGACAGUUGAAAUGCUCUCUGGUUUCUCAGCAUCCGUUCCCCAAUCGCAGCUUCAACAUGAUUAUCAUCAGGGUUGUCUUGGUGUUCAUAGGGAGGAGGUUGGUGUUGCAGAUUCUACCACUGUUAGUAGUGCUGUGGUGACAGAAGAAUGUACUGUCCGUGAGCUUCAGGAUAUUGAAGGGCUUCUGAUGCAAAUAGAAAAUGACCAGGAAAAUGCCGAAUCACUGCCAGAUUUCUCCACACCAGUUCAUCUCCAUGAUUGUCAUCAGGCCGCCUUCGGAGAUUUUCAAGGAAGCCAGAGGGCUACAUUCAACAUUGCAAAUCUUUCUACUAUGGUGCAGGAAAGCCCAAAUUUUGAUCUGCAAACUGGUCCAAGUAAUCAAAUUACUGAGUCUAUUCUCACCACCGAGCCAAUGAAUGGAGAAACAAAUGCUGUGGAAGAAACAAGUCCUCUGCGCUCUAUGUCAGUAUUGGGUAGUUAUGAUAGGCAGGAUGGUGAUGAUGAAUUCCUUGAAAUCAAUGAUUUCUUCGACCCAGAAGAUUUAGAACAGAUUUUGGGCAGUACAAGAAGUCAGAACUUGAUUCCUGCUGAUGAUGGAGUGUUUGAUAGUUUGCAAUACUCUGAUGCUCCAAUGUUUCUGCCUGGUUCAUUUGACAGAACUGGUGUGGUGGCUGAAAACCAUUAUGUUGAAUUUGGUGCUAGUGGAAUUCAGAACCAGGGAUUUCAGCAUACAACUGAAUUAUUGGCACAUAAUCAAGUCGCUCUAAAUGUGCGGAACCAUAUGAAGGACAACCAUGUUGUCUUCUCACAUUCAUCAGAUGCUACCAUUAUUCAUACAGUGAAUGAGCAACCGCCUAACCGGAGUUCAAAUGCUUCACAAUCAUGGUUCAAUGGGGCUCUAUCUGCCUUGCUCGAUUCUGUUCCUAGCAGUCCAGCUAUGGCUGCUGAAAACAUAGGUCUUAACAGAACACUGCAACGCAUUUCGAGCUUUAGGUCACAACAACCUGCAAGAGAAGAAGUUAGCAGUACUCUUAUCAACACCAGAAGAAGAGGCGGUGGGCUAAUUUUCAUCUCGUUAAUGGUUUUACUUGUUGCUAUCAUGUGGACCUUUAGCAAUGGGUCUGCAGUCAAGCUUAGCAAGGGGUUAUGGAAGUUUCCCUCUACAUAAUAGGAUGCACCCGGUUAUCCUGGUGGCCAGUGCUUCUUACUACUUCAAGUACUAAUUCUUGUUUUGCUAUCCUUUCCUCUAUUCCUUUACAUUGAAAAAGGCAACAAUCUAGGAAAAUAUUAGAGGAUUAUGUGGUGUUAGCACUUACUUUCAGAAUAUUAUGCGAGAGAUGUUAAAACAAAACAAAAUGAGAAAAAGAAACAUCUGAGGUGAACUUCUGGAUGUUUUUGUCCUCAUCAUUUUGAUGAAAGUAUAUAUUGAAUGUAAUUAAACGAUGAUGGAUUGUUGAGAAGUGCAGUUGCUGUGCACGAUAAAUGAAAAAUCCAUUUUUGUUGCAAA